GGGGGGUGAGUGUGAGGGGGGUGAGUGUGAGAGGGGGUCACUACUGGAUGCGCUGAGCCGGGGUCUCAUGAGGAGCCGAGGGAGUCCCCAGGUGGUGGUGGGGGCCCUGGCCGUGUGGCCGCUCCUCCUCCUCCUGCUCCUGCCGCUGGGCGUCCCGGUGGUGUCCGCCACGGAGCUCACGUUCGAGCUGCCCGACAACGCGAGGCAGUGCUUCUAUCAGCACGUGGCGGCGGGAGCCCGCGCCUCGCUCGAGUACCCGGUGAUCACCGGGGGACACUACGACGUGGACUGCCGCCUGGAGGGCCCCGAGGGCGGCGUGCUGUACACGGAGACGCGCAAGCAGCACGACAGCUUCGCGUGGACGAGCGAGCGCGGCGGCCUUCACAGCUUCUGCUUCUCCAACGAGUUCUCCACUUUCUCGCACAAGACGGUCUACUUCGAGCUGCAGGUCGGGGACGAGGCGCCGCUCAUGCCCGAGAUGGGCCGCCGCGUCACGGCGCUCACGCAGAUGGAGUCGUCGUGCGUGAGCGUCCACGAGGGCCUGCGGGCGACGCUGGACUACCAGACGCACCACCGGCUGCGCGAGAGCCAGGGCCGCGCGCGUGCCGAGGAGCUGCGCACGCGCGUGGCGCUCUGGUCGCUGGGCGAGACUGUGCUGCUGCUGCUCGUGGGCGCGGGGCAGGUGCUGCUGCUGCGCGGAUUCUUCAGCGAGGACCGCCGGGCACAGGCGAGGUCAUAGACCGCCCGACCACCCGCGCGCCCCCGUGUUUUGCGCGCCCCCGUGUUUUGCGCGUCCGCGCGUCCGUGUGCCGGUGUGCCCGUGCGUGCUCGCGCGUGUUCUUCUUGUACGCGCGCGUUUGCUUCGCGUAGCUACCACGUGCGUUGCUGUGUGCGUGCGUGUGUGCUCAUGUCGGUGUGUGUGUGUGUGCGUGCGUGUGUGCUCAUGUCGGUGUGUGUGUGUGUGCGUGCGCGUCUACGUGCACGUGUGU